GCUCUACGUUAUGACGAAUAAUGACGUGUUAGGAGAGGAAAUUCUGUACAAACGAAAAGUUCCCGACGUGUUCAAGAUGUCUGGCUCUGACAGUCAUAAGGGGAGUUUGGAGGAGGUUAGUUAUGAGGGAGCUGCUGGUGCCGAGCUGUCCAGUUGUGCCUUGGCGAUGCUGGAAAGGGAACGAGAAUCCAUACACAGCCCCUCAGAGAGCCCUGGUGCUUCCACAAUUCUCCCAUCUACUGCCCUUGUGCAGGGCUACGAUGUGGAGUUUGACCCACCACUCGAGAGAAAAUAUGAAUGCCCUAUCUGCCUCAUGGCUCUCAGGAAUGCCAUUCAAACACCAUGUGGGCACCGUUUCUGCAAGAGCUGCAUCGAGAAAUCAAUUCGGGAUACAGGACAGAGGUGCCCAGUGGACAAUGAAAUGCUGUUAGAAGACCAACUGUUUCCUGAUAACUUUGCCAAAAGGGAGAUUCUUUCACUCACUGUCCGCUGUCCAAAUGCUGGCUGUACUGACAAAAUGGAGCUCCGACAUUUAGAGAAUCAUUUGGCACAGUGUCCAUUUGCAACCAUGCCCUGCCCCCAGUGCCAGCAGUCAGUGAGAAAAAUCUACUUGGAGGAACACAAAACCAUAGAGUGUCGAAGAAGACCGAUGUCCUGCCCAGAUUGUGUUGCAAGCUUUGUGUAUGAGGAGAAGGAGCUUCAUGAGCAGCAGUGUCCCUUUGCUACCAUCAUGUGCCAGUACUGUGGGCUGGAUCUCAUCAGAGACCAGAUGGACUCUCAUUGUGAUACAGAUUGCCCUAAAGCCCCUAUUGCCUGUACCUUUAGCACUUUUGGAUGUAAGGAGAGGAUGCAACGACACAACCUGGCUCAGCAUAUGCAGGAGUUCACACAGAUGCACAUGCGCUACAUGGCAGAGUUUGUGCGCUGCCUUAGCCUUAACGGCACCACACCAAAGUCACUUUGGGCUCUUGGACCUUCUGUUUCAUCUGAGGAUCAAGGAGCAGCAUCUGCAUCAUGUAGAGGAAUUGCAAGCUAUGGCCCAUGUCAGCCAAGCGAAGAAAUGCAGAGGAUACGGGAUAUGGAUGGACGAUUAGUAAAACAGGAUCACCAGCUCCGUGAGCUUAUCAUCUUAGAAGAUACUCGGGUAGGGCAGCUUGCACAGCUCCAAAAAAGAGUAGCUGUUCUAGAGGAGACUGUGAAGGAAUUGGAGGCACAACAAUGUCAUGGUAUCUUCAUCUGGCGUCUCAGAGGUUUCUCAGCCCACCUCCGGAACCAAGAAGCCGGCCUCCCGGUGGUUGAGCACAGCCCAGGGUUUUACACGGGCCGACCGGGCUACAAACUGUGCCUCCGCAUACACCUGCAGACCCCCAAUGCCCCACGCUGUUCCAACUACAUCUCCCUCUUUGUCCACACCAUGCAGGGAGCUUUUGAUGGACACCUGAGCUGGCCUUUCCAGGGCACUAUCCGUCUCGCCAUUCUAGACCAGGGCCCUGAUGCGCAACAUCAUAUGGAGGUGAUGGAGACUAAGCCAGACCUUCAAGCCUUCAAGAAACCUACCAUUCAGCGUAACCCCAAAGGUUUUGGUUAUGUGACUUUCCUGCACUUGCAUCAGCUGAGUCAGCGAGCUUUUGUCAAGGAUGACACCCUCCUCAUCCGCUGUGAGGUAACACCACGUUUUGACAUGUUCCAACGUGAGGGACCCACAGUGCAGCCAAGAGGCCCUGAGGCCUCCCGGGACUAAUUUAUAUGGCAUGUCAUGCAUGUUUCCCAGACUGUGUUGAAUGUUCAAAUGUGCUGGUAUUUUCUCAACAGAUUUCAAAUGUCUUUGUAUGAUUCUUUGAUGCAGUUUUAUUUUAAUCAGGCCUAGGGUUGGGUAUUAAGAAUUGAGAACCGAUUGGAACCGGGACUAACAUUCCGCUUCCCCCAGAAUCGUUCAAAUAAAAAAAUUGCGGUUCCCAGUUUCGAUGCCUACAGUCCGCCGACCCCGAAGAAGAAAGUGGCGAAAACCAACGAAGAACGUGAACGAAGAGAUGCUUGUGCCCAACAGCAGCGGCGAACAAAAGUGUGUCAUAACUAUGUUAAAAUAAAUGACCAGUCACCUCAGUGCAACACUUGGAUUAAGAUUAUAUUGUGCAAAAGAGGCUUUCACAAUGUGUAGAAGUCUGAUGCGCUCCCUCCCGCUCCGAACCUCAGCCAACAAAGCACGGAACUUCAGUCAAGUCAAUUGGGUGAGUGUGAAACAAUAAAAUAUGUCUAUGCCAAUAUUAACAAGUUAAACGGUCGGUUGCGCUCUUCCACUGAUAGUUUUUAGCAUUUAUUUUAGUCUUCAAAUAAACGGAGGAGCUCAUGACAGACUCAAAAAUAAAAUAUAAAUUACUUUACCAUACUGGAAAUAGGCAGCACGGUGGACGACUGGUUAGAGCGUUAGAGUGCGAAUGGUUGUUUGUUUGUAUGAGCCCUGCUAUUGGCUGGCAACCAGUUCAGGGUGUACCCCGUCUCCUGCCCUAUGAUAGCUGGGACAGGCUCCAGCGCUCCCGCGACCCUAGUGAGGAGAAGCGGCUCAGAAAAUGGAUGGGUACUGGAGAUAAAGUAGAAACAGUCACAUUACAAGCUUAACAUUGAGCUAUAACUUCACCAAAGGUCAAAGUAGCAACUUUACAUCACAAUGAAUUGGGACAAAAGUCACAAAAACGUUGUCUCACAGUAUCACAAACACUAAUCUUGUGUCUCAUUGUUGGGUAGGUAAAGGAAUCAACGUUUUGCAGAGCAUUUGGUUCCAUUCAUUAGUCUUUUAAUUGGAUCUUGUUUUACUUUAAUUUUUACUGGUGUUUUGUGACCUUAUUUUUCUUGCCAAAGUGCAGAGUUCUGGUGCUUACCCUUCAAAAUAAAAGGCCACAUGCUUAAAACAGGAAGUCAAGUUAAAACUUGCAAAUAUAAACCAUUUUAUGUGUUAAAACAGUCACAAAUACAUAUUUUGACAAUGCUAUAUUUAACUUUUAGCUGAAACAUUAAUGAAUAUUAAGUCAAUUGGGUUACUUCCCCACACAUUGCCUUUGGGUUCAUAGGUUUGAUAUUGAUACUGGUUAUAAAGAACCCCGAGUCAAAUGUUCAUUUUAGUUUAUGCUGCGGGCUGAUAAGAAAAUGAACACCCUUUAUUUAAACCAUGCAAAUAUUUUUUGACCCCGCCCCCUAAAAGAAUCGUAAUCGAGAAUUGUUUGGAACUGGAAUCGGUACCUGCAUCGCUCAAAUUCAAACAAUGCCCAACCCAAAUCAGGUCAGAAAUAUUCUGCGUAAGCACAUCUUUUAACAAGCAAGUAUGUGCAUGUCGAUUUUCUCCCAACAAAUAGACUGUUACUUCGAGCGCUGUUUUAUUGUUGUUGUUACUUUUUUUAAUUAUUCUUAUUAUUAUUAUGACCAGCACGUGCAGAAAAACAAUGUAUAUAAGCCAUUACCAAGCCCUUUUAUUUGUGCAUUGAAUAACAGUUCACACUGGCACUGGAUGAACACAAAUGGAAGCAUGAAAAAUAAUUGAUUAUUGACUGAAAUAAUUAUUUUAACUUUUUUUUUUUUUUUUUUUUUUUUUUUUUUUUAGGUUUGUCCAAGUUAAUACCAAUAUUGUUUGUGAUUUAACUGCACAGGAUUUAUAUCUUAAAAAUGUGCCUUUACAUUUAUUGAGUUAUUCUCCUGCAUCAUUAGACUAUUCUAUUCAGGUUAUGAAUGAAAAAUAACUUAUUAACCAAUGAUGAUAUGUCUGAUGUGUUUGAGAACAUUUUAACUAAUCAUUGAAAUGUGAUAACUUGAAAUAAAGGUUUCUAUCUGUA